UACAUUAACUCUUCACUCUUCUCCCAUUUUGUUUGAUUCUCUUCCCACCUAGCAAGUUCAUCAAUUUCAAGUCACCACUUCUUUUGUUUCCAUUGUUAUCUAUUCACAAAGCGGCUAAGGAACACCGUCUAACACUUACACGCAUGUGAAAGAAAAAAAGGACACCACAAAUAGAUAAAGCUUACUUUGCUAGCCAUUCUCGUGCAAGCUUCUUCUGUUUGUCCUAAGAAAGCAACCCCAUUUGAGAUUUUGGUUUUGUUUUUCCUUCUAACUGUACCCUGAAGCCAUUUAUUACCACUUGCUUCAAGAUAAGUAGAGUCUUAAAGAAACCCUUCACCUUUAAAUAUAAGAAGUAACACACAAAGAAGGAAUAUAUUAUUCUUCAUUCCCUUGUUGAUUUUGCUAGUUCUUUUUGGUUGGAGAGCUAAAAAAAGGCAAUGAGAGCGACUCAGAUUAUUUUGGUUUUGUUUUGGUUCCUCUGUGUUUAUGCCCCUGCUUGUUUUUGUACCAAUGUGACUUAUGAUCAUAGAGCAUUGGUCAUUGAUGGCAAGAGAAGGGUCUUGGUUUCUGGUUCUAUUCACUACCCUCGUAGUACUCCCGAGAUGUGGCCAGACCUUAUUCAGAAAUCAAAAGAUGGAGGACUUGAUGUCAUUGAGACCUAUGUUUUCUGGAACUUACACGAACCGGUUCGAGGCCAGUAUAAUUUUGAAGGCAGGGGAGACUUGGUUCAAUUUGUGAAGGCAGUAGCAGCAGCAGGUCUAUAUGUGCAUCUCCGGAUUGGUCCAUAUGCAUGUGCUGAAUGGAACUAUGGUGGUUUCCCUCUUUGGCUGCAUUUUAUUCCUGGAAUUCAGUUCAGAACUAAUAAUGAACCAUUCAAGGCAGAAAUGAAACGGUUCACUGCCAAGAUCGUGGACAUGAUGAAGCAAGAGAAUCUAUAUGCAACACAAGGAGGGCCUAUUAUUUUAUCUCAGAUUGAAAACGAGUAUGGGAACGUUGAAGUGCACUAUGGUUCUGGUGCUAAACCUUACGUCAAUUGGGCAGCAUCAAUGGCUACAUCUCUUGAUACUGGAGUUCCCUGGGUUAUGUGCCAGCAAGCAGAUGCUCCUGAUCCAAUUAUUAACACCUGCAAUGGAUUUUACUGCGAUCAAUUCACACCAAACUCUAAUGCGAAACCAAAAAUGUGGACCGAGAAUUGGACUGGAUGGUUUCUUUCAUUUGGUGGUGCUGUGCCUUACAGACCUGUGGAGGAUCUUGCAUUUUCUGUGGCGCGUUUUUACCAGCGAGGUGGAACUUUCCAAAAUUACUAUAUGUACCAUGGAGGAACUAACUUUGGAAGGACUACUGGUGGACCUUUCAUUUCUACUAGUUAUGAUUAUGAUGCACCAAUUGAUGAGUAUGGAAUUAUCAGACAGCCAAAAUGGGGCCACCUUAAAGAUUUGCAUAAAGCCAUAAAGCUUUGUGAAGAAGCACUGAUAGCUACUGAUCCAACUAUUACGUCUCUUGGUCCAAAUAUAGAGGCUGCAGUUUACAAGACAGAAUCUGUGUGUGCUGCCUUCCUCGCCAACACCGCCACAUCUGAUUCAAAAGUGACAUUUAAUGGCAAUUCAUAUAACUUGCCAGCAUGGUCUGUGAGCAUCUUACCAGACUGCAAGAAUGUAGUACUUAAUACUGCAAAGAUUAAUUCGGCAUCUAUGAUUUCAAGCUUCACAGCUGAAUCUUUAAAAGAAAAGGUUGAUUCUUUGGACGGUUCAAGUUCAGGAUGGAGUUGGAUUAGUGAACCUAUUGGCAUUUCAAAGGAUGAUUCAUUCUCAAAAUCUGGAUUGCUGGAGCAGAUAAACACCACAGCUGAUAGAAGUGACUACUUGUGGUACUCAUUGAGCUUGGAUGUUGAAGAUAAUUCCGGUGCUCAAACUGUUCUCCACAUUGAAUCCCUUGGACAUGCCCUUCAUGCUUUCAUAAAUGGGAAGCUUGCAGGGAGUAAAACUGGCAAUGCUAAGGUCAAUGUCGACAUCCCCAUCACACUUGUGGCUGGAAAGAACACAAUUGAUCUCCUGAGCUUAACAGUGGGACUUCAGAACUAUGGAGAAUUUUAUGACACACGGGGUGCGGGGAUCACUGGUCCAGUAAUAUUGAAAGGCUUGAAAAAUGGCACUAAUCUUGAUCUCUCCUCCCAACAGUGGACAUAUCAGGUUGGCCUUAAAGGAGAAGAUUUAGGUCCAUCCAGUGGUAGUUCAGGGCAGUGGAAUUCACAAUCUUCCUUACCUACAAAUCAACCUUUGACUUGGUACAAGACAAACUUUGCCGCUCCCUCAGGCAGCAAUCCGGUGGCAAUUGACUUCACUGGGAUGGGAAAAGGCGAGGCUUGGGUGAAUGGACAGAGCAUUGGACGAUACUGGCCUACAUAUGUCUCACCAAAUAGUGGUUGCACUGACUCAUGCAAUUAUAGGGGACCCUAUACUUCAUCCAAAUGUCUCAAGAACUGUGGAAAACCAUCACAGACAUUAUACCAUGUACCAAGGUCAUGGUUGCAACCAGAUAGCAACACUCUUGUAUUGUUUGAGGAAAGUGGAGGCGAUCCUACAAAGAUCUCUUUUGCUACGAAACAGAUAGAAAGUGUGUGUUCACAUGUGUCUGAUUCUCACCCUCCACCUGUAGACAUGUGGAAAUCAGAUACAGAAUCAGGAAGAGAAGCAGGCCCUGUACUGUCACUGGAGUGCCCUUAUCCUAAUCAGGUGAUCUCUUCCAUUAAAUUUGCAAGUUUUGGAACGCCGCACGGAACUUGCGGGAACUUCAAUCAUGGACAAUGCAGAAGCAACAAGGCUCUAUCCAUUGUGCAGAAGGCCUGCAUUGGAUCAAGCAGUUGCAGUAUUGGACUAAACACUAACACAUUUGGAGAUCCAUGUCAAGGGGUGAAGAAGAGUUUAGCUGUUGAGGCUGCUUGUACAUAAACAUGUCGCUUCACGCAUUCCUAAGCGCACCCAAGGGACUCAUAGUUGAAGAUAUUAGCCAAAGUAAGCUAGAUGGUAUUAUAGCAGUAAACCAGGAAAAAAAAUACUAAUCAGUGUAUUGUUUACUUGAAAUAAGAAAGAUAAAUAAAAAAGUCUCAGUUGAUGUCUA